AUAACCGAAUUCGUUUCAUUCACCUCUCGAACUCUGUCCACAUGGACAGUGGUGCUGUUCACUAUUGAACGUCUGAUAGUGGUUGUGUGGCCUCUGCACGCUAUCAAGUGUUUCACUCUUCGACGCACUCAAUUUCACAUUCUCCUCUCCAUCCUAAUCAGCCUCCUCAUCAACAUGCCGUGGUUUUUCGCCCUCGAGACGGUGCAGGACCCUUGUGGCACCGGUGAGUUCGUCUGCCGGCCUAAUGAAGUGCUCAAUCUUAAUCGCAUUUUUGAAGUACUCUUCCUCUCCGUCCUUCCUGCUACUAUCAUCUGCUCCUGCAAUGCCGUCAUUCUCCACAAAAUCCGCAACCAUCGACGACCUGGAGCCGAGGGGGGGCAAUUGGGAGGUGUAGGUGGCCAUCCCGGAUCCUGUCCACCGGUCGUCCGCUCCUCCACCACAAUGCAACUCCUGGCCGUAUCCUUUUGCUUUGUGGUGCUCACCUUGCCCUCUGCGGCCAUCAACGUAGUACAAACCUUCAACCACUUCCUCGACACCUGGAAGGAUUCCUCUGGUAGCCUAGCAAACACUUACUACAUUGCAUGGUUCCUCUUCAUGAUUAACCUGAGCAGUAACUUCUUUGUCUACUGCCUGGUUCGCCGUACAUUCAGGAAGGCGGCUUUGGGAAUGUUUAAACGAAAGUCUACACUCUGCUCUCACAAAAGUCGUGCCUCAACACGCCACAUUGCUCAAACUGAGGCUGCCAUGUAG